GGGCUCUUGGAUGGCGGCGAUGAGGCCCGCAAUGCGAGUGCUACGGCUCCAGGGAUUCCCCAUCUUCCGGCAGCUCCAGCUCGAGGAGCGAUUGAUGCACAAGUCCGAUGAGAAUUGGUGCGUCUUCAACAAUGGGACAUCGCCUCCCACGAUCGUCAUGGGAGUGAGCGGGAGCCCGGAAGAGCUUCUGGAUGUGGACGCCGUGUCCCGGGAUGGAAUCCCUGUCGUGCGACGCUUCUCCGGCGGCGGGACUGUGAUUGUGGACGAAGAUACGCUCUUUGUCACGCUCAUUUGCUCGCGAAAGGCGAUUCCAUCGCUGGAACUCUUCCCCAGGACUAUACUGAAAUGGACCGGAGAGCUGUACAAGAACGUUUUUUUGGACAAUCCAGACUUCACAGUUCACGAGCAAGACUAUGCGUUCGGGCAGACGAAGAUCGCUGGAAAUGCCGAGUCCAUCUCCAAAGAUCGCUGGCUCCACCACACUUCCUUCCUCUGGGACUAUAGCCCGGCACGAAUGGCUUACUUGACUAUUCCGCGCCGCGCUCCAGCGUAUCGACUGGGCCGAUCCCACGGCGAUUUCAUCUGCAAGCUCAAAGACUAUCUCUCGUAUCGCGAAGAACUUGCGGAGCUACUGGAAGACGCUCUCGGUCGCCAUUUUUGUCUGGAAAGAACGAGGCUCGAAGACGUAGAUGAAGAGGAGUAUAAGCACCGGACACGGUUCGUCGAACUCCUUAGAAGUCCGAUAUAGUGACGGGUAGAUGCUGAUAGGGAGUCCGAGACACUGACGUGUUUUAGUCCCGGAUGGACGUUUUUGUUAACACCAUUGCUUGUUUUAAUUUGUUGAUGGAAUACUAUUCAAUUUAAUUCAACA